AUGGAAAAUAAAAUAUACUUUUGGAUCAUUAUUAAUAUUUUUGCUAUCCCAAAAAUAGCGAGAAGUGAAAGAAAUCAGAAUAAGUUAAACGAGUGUCAACGUUGUGAAAUAUACGCAAACUCAUUUAAACACUGGUUAGAUAAAACAUCGCGUGGUAAAUUUGAAGGUGGAGAUGCAGUUUGGGAAGAAACCAAGCUUAAAUCAUACGCAAGAAGCGAGGUUAGACUCGUAGAAAUUCAAGAGAACCUAUGUUCCGAAAUAAAGAAAAAUCAAAACCAAUGCUAUUCCCAAGCUGAAGAAGCUGAACACUUUAUUGAAAAAUGGUGGUCAGAAAAAGAUGUAUCUUCUGACCUAUACACUUGGCUCUGUAUAGAUAAUUUGAAGUAUUGUUGUCCAAAACAUCACUUUGGUGAGCUGUGUGACCCUUGUCCUGUAGAUAGUGACAGUAAUAUUUGUGGAGAGCGUGGUAUUUGUAAUGGUGAAGGGACUCGUAGUGGUGAUGGUAGUUGUAAUUGCUACACAGGUUAUUCAGGAGAACAUUGUAAACAGUGUGCCAACAACUAUUUCAGUGUUGAUAAUGAAUGUAGACCAUGCCAUAAAGCAUGUGCUGAAUGCUUAAGUUAUGGUAGUGAUAAGUGUAGGGUAUGCGCCAAGGGUUGGGAGUUCAAAGAUGGCUCAUGUACUGACAUAGAUGAAUGUGCUACUAGUUCUCCUUGUAAAUCUAACCAAUACUGUCUUAACAAUGACGGCGCAUAUGCUUGUAAUCACUGUGAUCCAUCUUGCAUUACAUGCUUAGGAGCAGGUCCUUAUAAUUGUACCUCUUGUAAACCAAAUUACUCACUUUGGUCAGGAAGAUGUAUGGACGAAAAGACAAGUAAUGCUUUCUUACUUAAUGCAGAUAAAAGGCUGUUUUUGUACGCAUCAUUAUUUACUCUAAUGUACUUAUUUUACCAAAAAGCAAAACCACUAGCUGUUGUCAUGGUAGCAUCUCUAGGAAUAUUGAUUUUCAAAUUGGAACGUGUCUCGGACAUAACUGUACAAGAUGCUGUAUACACACAUGUUACAGAUUUUCUUAAAGCUAAUGAACUGAUAUAG